GUUUUUGAUAGAGAUAAAAAAAACCAUUUUACCAACAAAAGCGGCGUUGAUUGUCCGAUUUCGCGACAAAAAUUUCAAAUUUUCUCGUUUUCGAGGGGUUUUGUUUUUUAUUGUUCAAAGGUUUCUUCGAAGAACGAAAGACAUUGUUUUUGAGAAAUGGGUUUGGAGAAGAAAUCGGCAUUGUUGGAAGAUUUGAUACAGAAAUGCGGCGGCUGUGCGGUGGUCGACGGCGGUUUCGCAACCCAGCUCGAGAUUCACGGCGCCGCCAUUAACGACCCUUUGUGGAGUGCUGUAUCUCUCAUAAGAGAUCCUGAACUCAUCAAGCGGGUUCACACUGAAUAUUUGGAAGCAGGUGCAGACAUUGUGGUUACUUCAUCUUAUCAAGCGACUAUCCCGGGGUUUCUCUCAAGAGGAUUAACCAUGGAAGAGAGCGAGUCCUUGCUCCAAAAGAGCGUAAAAUUAGCUGUUGAAGCUCGUGAUAGAUUCUGGGACAAAGUAAGCAAAACUUCAGGACAUAGCUAUAACCGAGCUCUUGUAGCUGCAUCUAUUGGAAGCUAUGGAGCUUAUCUUGCUGAUGGCUCUGAGUACAGUGGAAACUAUGGAGAGAACGUAAACUUGGCUAAACUAAAAGACUUCCACAGGAGAAGACUUCAAGUCCUAGUAGAAGCUGGUCCUGAUCUUCUUGCUUUUGAAACAAUACCUAAUAAACUUGAGGCUCAGGCGUGCGCUGAGCUUCUGGAGGAAGAGAAUGUGCAAAUCCCGGCAUGGAUCUGCUUCACAUCUGUAGAUGGAGAGAAAGCUCCAUCAGGAGAGAGCUUUGAGGAAUGCAUCGAAACUCUUAACAAAAGCAACAACAUUUACGCGGUUGGCAUUAACUGCGCGCCUCCUCAGUUCAUCGAGAGUCUGAUUCGUAAAUUCUCCAAGCUGACCAAGAAAGCAAUCGUUGUUUACCCCAAUAGUGGAGAGGUUUGGGACGGGAAAGCGAAAAAAUGGCUGCCAUCGCAAUGCUUCGGUGAUGCCGAAUUUGAGAUGUUUGCAACGAAAUGGCGCGAGCUUGGAGCUAAACUGAUAGGAGGAUGUUGCAGGACUACACCUUCCACCAUUAAAGCUAUCUCCAGAGAUUUGAAACGAAGAUGAGUUUCCUCGGAAGAAUAUUGAAGAUUCUACCUCUUGACUUGUUGGACCAUUCUUAGGUUUUUUUUCUUUUCUAUCUGUGUAUUGUUGUUUUCUUGCUAUUCACGCUUCUGUUGUUAUCUUAUAAGAAAUGUAUUCGUCAACUAGGCCUUGGGCUUUUCAUAUAAAAGCCCAUAUAAUGUUUUCUUUUCAAACUAGCACAUUUAAAUCCUUCUUAAUUAACCGUAAACAUA